CUGGAUUAGUAGAAACUUAUUUUUCAAGAUUUGUACAUUCCAAACUUUUACAUUCCAAGUUUGUACGGUAUUAGGGUUCAAAUUUUGAUAACCGUAAACGCUGGAUUCAAGAUUUGUAUUUUCAAGAAUUGUACUUUCCAACUUUGUACAUUUCAGAUUUUUACAUGUACUCAUUGUAUCAUAGUUCGUUUUUUGAAGGUAAAUAUUAAUACACAUAUUUAUUAGUUUACAUUUUUUUUUUUAGUUACUAUAGAUACUAUAUAUUAAAUAAGUAUGUAAAAUUUUAUCAUGGCUUCACACAGUGGUGGAUUGGGCCACCGGUAAUUCAGAAGUUUUCUUUGGGGGCGGGCCGCUACUUCAAAUAACUAUUUUAUGUCAAAAAAUUAUGUUGCCAUUUUGAAGUACAUGUUUUAAUUUUUUUAAAUUUGAAAUAUCUCUAAAAUAUACAUUUAAUGAAAUGUAGGUACAUAUACAUGAUGAUUCUUUAAGCGCGCUUAACACAUUUCAAAUUCUGUGCGGAAUGAAGAAGCUUAUGGUUUUACAUUGGUUUAUUAUUUUUCUUUUAUCUGUGAACAACUUUUCUUCUAACAAUUUUGCUUCAAUUUACAAUGAUAGCAAUUUUUCUGAAAGGAAAUUGGUCUGGGGAGGUACUUUUUUGAUUUUUUCUAUAUAUUGGAAAAACAAAAAAAAAAAAAAAAAAUGGGAGGAAGGGAAAAUAGGUACAGUUUUAAACAAAUAUUAUUAAAGUAAAUGUAUAAUACAUACAUUUUACUAUAAUAUGACAUAUAUUUUGUUGACAAAGUAACUCCGUUCAUAAUUGUUAUUUCGAUAGCAAUGGUUUAUUGUUGCUUACAGAUGCAUUAAAUUCCCAUCUGUAUUCUAUAUUUCGAACUUGCCACAAUAUACUUUUUAAAUGUUGUGGAAAAUUAAGUACUUGAUAAAUGUAGGCUUUAGCUACAUUUAAAAAUUUCAAAAAUCAGAAUUCGAAUACAUUAAGCAAAAUUUAAUAAAAACAAAAAUGGGUGAGCACAAUUUGUGAAUCACUCUCUAUUUAAAGAAUUUAUUUACUCCUUUAAGCCUGAGCUUGUAAUGGAAUAGUGUUCAAUAAUACAAAAAUAAUAGUUUUUUUUUUUUUUAAUUAACUAAAAUAUUACAUACAGAUAGGUUUUCCAACAUAGCUUUUAUUGAGUAUUGAGUAAUCUUAAACAAAUUGUUUUUUUAUACUUAAUUAUUAUAAAAUAUAUUGUUUAGGGUUGUCAUGAUACAAAUAAAAUUAGAUUAAAAAUAUGAUGGACACAUAUAUCUUACCUAUGUAUUAAAAAAAAAAAAAAAACAUUUUAUAUACUAUAGCAAUAUGGCAGAAAUUGUGAUUAUUUUUUAUUACAUUAUAAAUUUAUUAUAAAAAAAUACAAAUUUUAUUUUUAAAAAACAUUUUUAAAAAGAUUAUUAUAAAACAUGAAAUUAAUAAGCAGGGCUUAGGACUUAUAGCACUUAAAAUCUACAAAAAAAGAAUUUAGAAAUAUUUUAUAGAAAAUAAAAAUAAUAGAGAACUAUGAAUUAUGUCUUUUAAAUCAUUUAAUCUUUUUUACAAUUUAAAAAAAGGUGGAGUAUUAUAAAAAGUGACAGACUUGGUUUUCCAAGACGUAUGGCAACCUUAUAUUGUUGUUUACACACAUGUUAUGUUAAUGAUUUUCUGAAAUGACACUAUACAGUUAACUUGAGAUGAAUUUUCAAAUUCAACAAUGUAAAUAGUUACUAACUAAAUUUAAUUACUUGUAGAUACCCUAUAUGGUAAUGUGAUAGUUUUAGUUUAGUUAAGGGAAUAGCAAUGUAGUUGUUUUUAAUUUUUAGAAAUUUAGUAAAAGAGCUUUAAAUUAUGCAAAUAUAAAUAACAGCAAUAAUUGACUCGUGGAAUAUACUAGUAAAUACUUAGUAAAAUCUGAGGUUUAUUGUGGUGUCCUGUGAUGCAAGAAUUAAUCAAAUUUUCUCAGAGUGUCUGUACAGAAGUAAAAUAUAAUUACACCCAAACAAAUUUACAUAUUUUCAAUUGAAGUAAAAAAUGUAAGUUUAAUUAUUUAAAGUCAGUAAAAAUUGAUAUAAAUUAAAAUUAACACAUUAAAAUAUAAAUAAUAUUACAAAUAAAUAAAUAAUAUAAGUUUAUAUUAUUUUAAAAUAAACUAUUUAUUAUGGGUUUUUUUAAUUUAAAAAAUUGUAUACAUAUAUAUAAUAUGAGAACCUUAUAUUAAAUUAAAAAGUAUGAUAGAAGUGCAAGCAAAUAAUUGCACGUAUUGUAAAAAGUGAAAAUGAACAAAAAAUAGUUGAGACAUUAAUCAUAGUUGUACCUGUUAAUGAUAUUAAUGAAAAAUAUGUAUAAAUAAAUAUGGGAUUAUCGUUCACACAUCACUGUAUUACUGGGUUUAUAGAUAUUUUUAGGGUCCUUUCUUGUAGACUGCAAACGUUUUUUGGCUUCUGAUAUUCUAUGUUCUCUUUCCAUAAUCUAAACAAAUUUAUAUUUUAAUACAAACAUAUUCACUAUACUAUUAUAAAAUGUUUACUUACAUUUUUUUCAAUUCGUUUAAUUAUAUUCAUUUUUUCUGUUAUUUCCUCUUCAUACUUAGUAAAAAAAUCUUUUUCUACUAAACUGUGACAUCUAUUACAGACUUCAGAUCUAUUAGAGACUGAAGUACUUUCUAAAUAACCAAUACAUUGGUCAUGAACAUAUCCAUCAUAGCCUAAACAUAUUUGAAUCAUGUCAAUUUUAGACAAAAGAUUUUCUAAUGCAAUCUUAUUAUCAAUAGUUUCAUUGUACUCAUAUCGUUUGUUAUUUAUAUAUAUCAUUGGCACUAAACUAUUUUUAAAGAAAAUUUUUUUCACUGGUUCCAUCAACUCAUUUCGCUCAAUAAAAACAGUGUUAUUUUGUUCUUUAUGAUAAAGACUUCUCCAAUACAAAUUAGGAAGUACAACUGCUUUGGAAAUAUCUCGAAUUAAUGUUGACUUUUCUAUAUUGUCAUUACCAGUCACACUAAUGGGAGCCCCUGAAUUCAUCAUAAUAAAAUUGUCUGCUGAAGUUAUAGGACAUUCAUAAUCAUCCAUUGGUUCUAAUUUUAUUUCUUUUUGUGAUAUGUCAAUUUGAUUAACACUUAGUUUUAAAAUAGGAUUUGGAGGAUUAGCUAAUUCAUCACCCAAUGAAAGGUUUUCUGAAAUAUUAACACUUGUUAGUGAAGAAUCAUUAGUCGACGUUGAUGGUUUAUCAGUGGGUCCAGGUUUUUUUUUUAAUGGUUGUACUGAAACACAAGGGGAUUUGAAUACAUUAGUAGAAUUAAUUGUUGAUACCGGUUUUCUUUGUUUGUAACUCGGUUCUCUUAUAAUAGAUACAGAAUUAUUAUUCACAAGAUUUUUUAAAGUAGAUUCUACAGAAUUAGACAUAACAUUAUCUGUUAAAGAAGUUGCUUUUGCAAUAUUAGCUGAAUCAAUUUCUGAUGGGUUAAUAUUUGAUUUUAGAGUUAUUGAAACAGAACCAUUAGUAAAUGUUUUUGGGAGUAUUUUUAUCAAAUUUGAUUUUGAAUUGUUAGGUGUAGAACUGCUGAUUGAUGCUUUUGAAAGUACACCAGUAGGUUCAGUAAUUAAUGUUUGUUUUGAAAUGUUUUCAGUAGAAUUAACUGGCAAUAACUGUUUAUCAUGUUUAUCGCCUGAUUCCAUUAUAAUAGACACAGAACUAUUAGAAAGCAUUUUUUUAAUUCUUGUACUAGAUUUAUAAGCUGAAAUUGUUGAAGGCAUUGGUUCAACUGUUCUUUCUGAUGGUUGUCUUAAAAUGGAAUGAGUGUCAACUUCUGUUAUAUUAAUUACUGAUGCAAGUUUGUCGUGUAUAAGAUUUGAUUGAGAAAUAUUUGAUAUAGGCACAGAGUUAUGAGAAAACAUUUUUUCAGUUCUUGAUCCUGACGCAUCAGCUGAAGGUAUUGGUAUUGGCAUUGGUACUGGUAUGGGCUCACUUCUUGUUUCUGAUAAUGGUUUUAAAAUUGAAUUAGUAUCAAUUUUUGUAUAAGUAACUAGUGAUUUUUGAUCAUUAUAUAUGGGACUUGAUUGAGAAAUAUAUGAUGAACUGUUAUUAAUCAUUGUUCCUGGAAGUGUAUUUGUUAACACUUCAUUUAAUUUGAAUGAUGAAUGGCCUACAUCUUUGGGCAAACCCUCAAAUUUUAGUAGCUUUUUUGGUCCUUCUAAAACAAAAUUGAAUUUAUGAAAAAUAUUAAAGUAAUUCUAACAAUAAUUAUUUUAAAAUGUUAUAUUUUUUCCAUACCGAUUGAAUUAUGUAAUUUAUAUUUCUUUUUGACAUUAUCACUUAAAUGGUCGAGGCCAUCUUCACAUGGUUUUAUUACUGAUGGUACAACACCAGGUGCCAAUGAUUUUGUAUCUGGGAAAUCUUGGGGUUUAAAAUGAAGCUCACAUACACGACUAGAUUCAGUUAAUGGCAUGCCUAGUGCUGAACUCCAUUUGUUUAUAUCUUCCUGUAAAACAAAUUAAAAUUAACAAAGAAUAUUAAAAUAUUAUACGUAUACAUAUUUAAUAUAAGAAUAAAAAUUACAAUUGGUGGACUGAAUAGAAAAAUUAGUUCAGGCAUCAUAGUUUCCUCUGCAAAAUUACUGAUGCAUCCUGGUACACAACAUAUUUCAAAUAUUUUAGUGCUUGUAUCCAUAUUUGUUUCAUCAGUCAUGGUCUAAACAUAUAAAACAUAAAUAAAUUGCAUUUAUCAAUUUAAAAAAAGAAACCAUUGAAAAUCAAUUGAGAGAAAAUGCUGUUUAUAGUAAAUGGUAAACUGCCUUCAAACGUGAGUUACCUCACGUAUGAAAAGACAUAGCUUUUUAAAUCGCUUUCAACAUAAUAUCAUUAUUUUUACGAUGCAUUUGUUUACAUUUUAUAUUGUUGUAGUUUAUGAUUUAAAAUUGAUAUUUAAUUUAGUUAUUGGUAUAUUAGGUGUGGUUUUUAAAAGGGAUUUUUUUUUACAUAAUAAGUGUCGAAAUUAAGUUUCUGGUGGGUAAUAGUUGCGUAGUUAAUACUAAAUUAGUCAAUGCAUCAAAUAAUUACAUUUUUUUUUUUAUCAUUUGGUCAAUUAGUUCACUUAGUUUUUAAAGUGGAUACUAUUGUACGAAAUUACCACUGGAAUUAUAACUAAUUUUUAAAAAUAAAACAGUAUGUUAAUUUAAAAGUUCUCUCACAGAAAGUUCUUUGAAAGCGAAAAGAACACCAUGUCAUGUAUUUGAGUUUUUAAAAAAAUUUUAAAGCCGGGUAAGAGGAGAUGAAAGAUUACUGAAAUGUGGGCCAUUUAAUACUCACAUGAUGAUAGAAUAAUAAAUAUCGACAAAGAAACAGUUUAACAAAUUUUACACAAAUAGUUAAAUACAAAGCCAGUGUGAAAACAAUAUUAAAAAAAAAUCUCAGUCAAGUCUAAAAAUACAACCAAAGAAAUGUUUGCUAUUUUCUGUUUUUUUUUUUUUUAAAUUAUGAAUAAUUCUGGCUGUCAAAUAAUGUCCACUUUACACAAUCCUUAAAUUAAAGAGAUAAUCAUAUUAUUUGAUACAUUAACCUUGGGUAGGUAACUAUGUCACCAUUAAUUUCUAAGAUUGAGUGUACUCUAAAAAGAAAAUAAUUCCAUUUUAAAUACUCACAAUUAAAAAAUGCAUAUAUUAAUUUGCUUAUUGCACUAAGGUGCCUAAAUGCAUUAUAAUUUUUAACUUUAAAAAGAAUAAGAUUAUUGAAUAAUAGAUGGAUACCAGGAGGGCUAUAACAAUCUGAAAAGUAUUUCUUUUGACUGCAUUUGCCCGUAAUGUAUAAUUCCAAUCAAUAAAAUAAAAAUUGUAUUUCUCUAGACUGCAUAUCACCAGAAUAUAUUUAUUCGGAAUUGUAUUUGCACAGAAAUUAAAAAAAUCCUAUUUGAGUGUUAAGUAUUUAACCAGACUGUAUUUUUCUUUCAAGAUAUCAGUGACACACAGUCUAGACAAAUACACAUUUUAGGUUUUAGAUUCCAAGUAAAUACGGUUCAGGAUUUAUACAUUCCAUUUACUUUUUGGAAUAAUAAGGACAUUGGAUAAUUUAAGGUAUUCAUGUUUUACAAAGUAAAUAAAAUUUACCUCAUCCAGCUCUAAAGAUGGCUGAAUUAAAUACUCAUUAGUUGUACUUGACUCUUCUAUUGAAGUGCAUUCUAUAUCAUUGUUUUCAAAAGUUGCUGAUUGAGAAGUAUUGAUAACUGUAAAAAUUACAUGCAUUAUAGAAAAUAGAAUAAAAAAUUUAAGAUAAAUAAAUAAUAAAGUUUAGUGAUUUUUUUUUUUUUUUUUUUAUAUACGAUGUUAUACUGUCUUCAAAUUUACGAGUAAAUUUUGAGAUAAACAUUUCGGUGUAGUAAAAUGAUUGAACAAAUAUUAUAAUUUGUAACACCAUAGUAGUAAGAGAAUAUUAUUUUAGAGUGUAACACUUGUAUUUUUUUUAAAAUUAUAAUAAUUGUAUAAUGAAAAUGGAAUAAAAAUAAUAAUUUGUUCGUGAUUUCUUUGGUGUUAUUUUUCUUCCUGUGUAUAUAGAUUUCUAACAUUAAGAGCAGGGUCAUAAGGAAGGUACUAUUUACUAGUAAUAUCAUAGAAGAUUUAAAAUAUUCCCAAUCAUUGUUUAUAUAGCAUGUGCUAUUUACAACUGUAAUCUCUAUCAAAAACUAUUUUCAAAAUACAAAUUCUUCUAGAAAAUAUGCUUAAGUCCAAUUAUUUGAAAUAAUGUUUAACCAAAAGGCACAAAUAGACUUAAUGUAUUCAUUUUUUUUUAUUAAAGUCUUAUACAAAUGUUGUGUGCCAUCUUCAUAGAUAAUAAAGAUAUGGAUAGAGUAUCCACACAUGACCAGUGUUUUAAGAGGGAUUGGUACAGUUACUUACAAUUGUUAUAAGAGUGGCCUAUCCACUAUUUCUUUAUUAUCUAUAGUCCUCUUAUGGACAUAUUGUUAUAAUAUUCAGAUUGGCUAUUGUAAUUAUGGUAACAUUAAGUAAUCAAGACAUACCAAGAAAUUUCCAAAGUUGGCCAAAUUUAAACUUUUUUCUGGUUUAGUUUACAAAGGUCAGUUAAAUUGUUUAGUGUUAUCAAUACAAAUAUCUAGACACAAAGUCACUAGAAUAUUAUUUUUAUUAUUAUAUUAUUAUUUUAUAGUUUUGAAAUAAAACAUUUAGACAGGUAACAGAAAAUUCUUGGAUAACUAUGAUCCUAUAUAGUCUUCUCAAUUUCGAUUCAUACAAGUAUAACUGCACUAAAAAUUAUUUAAAUAGAUAAAUUAUGAAUUUGUAUAUUUCUUACCUUUGUUAACAUGUAAUGUUGGUAUAGCAUUUUGUUUAAGUCUGUUUUUUUUCUUAGGAUUGAUAAACAUAGAUUUUUCAAAAUGUUUUCCACAGACUUUUAAAUGUUUUUUUUUUUUGCUCCGUGCUGCAUCUACUAUUUCUUGAGUUCCACAAUUUUCAACCCAUACAUCCCGAAGAGAACUAUCAGGAUAACUAAAGAAACUCACAUUUGAACAUGGAUACGAGUUCUUACAAUUUUUGACAGUACAGUGAAAAAAGGGGACACCAAAAAAACCUCUGGUUUUCUUUUUUCUCAUCUUUGAAAAAUUAAAAAUAACAUUUAAUUAAUAAAGAAAAAACUAUUCUGAAAAAAGGUUAAAAAAAUUAGUUUUAAAUUGUACUACGUGUGAAAGGGACAAAAGUCGUGAUUAAAUUUUGUAAAAUAAACUAAUAAAAUCUAUGGAGUUUGAUGCUCUAGAGAAAAUAGGGCAAACACCAGUCUGGACACUGCAGGAAAAUUAUACCUUAAGUAUACAAAAAUAUCGUCCAACUACAUCUAAAAAUCUCAAAAAUCAGAAUUUGAAUAUAUGCAUAAUUUACCCCUAAAAAUGGGACGAGCAUGCUUAAUAAAUCAUCUUGUAUAAAUAUAAAAAAAAUUACAACAUAAUAUUUUGUGCAUUAUAGCUAAAAUAGCUUCUUCUUAGACCAAGAGAAAAAAAAAUAAAUGUUGACAAAAUCCAAAUUGUGUAUUAAGAAAUAAUAACCAUUCAAUUCCAUGAUAUUGUUUUUUUCUUUUAUUAUAUCUCAAUAUCUAACUAUCUCGUGUUUCUUCCUAAUAACUAUACCUAUGAUUGAAACUUAUAUCUUUCUAUUAUCAGUCUAUUUCUUUAUAGGUCUAUGUUAAAUAUUUAACAUAGACAUUUUUUAAACAUACAAUUGGAAGAAUUACAUUUAAAGAGAAUAAUUAUAAGGGUAUUGCAUACUUUUCAUUUUCCUUCUUAUUGUUUUAAAAUAAUUUAUAAUUUUAAAAGAGAAAUAAAGAUUUUUUUUAUGACCUAUAUAAAAAACAUUUUAAGAUUUUGAAUUUUAAAAUUUUGUUCCUUAUUUAAUAUUAAAUACAUGUUAAAUAACUUUGGAUUUUAUAACCAAAUAAUUGAAUUGAAAAAAUUAAUUAAGUUAAUAAAUAUAAUAUAAUUAUUCAAUACAUAUAUACCUUUCGGUUUGCAAUUGAAUUAGAUAUUGGAGUUCGGGUUCUAGAAUCUAUUGGUGCUAUAGGAAUAGCUGUUGGUAAUUUCCUCACUGUUUUAUUUGUUUCAUUUUCGAGCAACUGUCUUGAUUUUUUGAUUUUUCUUGAAGAUCUUCUUGGCGAACCCAAUUUAGUUGCUGUAUUAUUUAUAAGAUUGCUGGACUCAGGUGAUUCAUUAUUUUCAUAAAUUUCACUAGAAGAAUCAGUUCACCAAAAUAUGUAAAUUUAAACAUAUAGUAUAUAUAUAUAUAUUUUUUUUUUGUAUCAUAUAUUGAAUUAAACAAUAGUUUAUUAGAAAAAUAAAACUAUAAACAAUGAAGAUACAUUUUUACAAAUUCCAAUUUAAUAAUUCCAGUUAAGACGUAAAACAAAACAAUUACUGGACUUUUUACCGAGUUUAAUAUUAUGAAUUAAUGGAAAUAGUAAUUUAAGAUAUAAAACACCUCUCAAAGUGUGUUGCAUAUCACACCAAGAAUAUGUGGAAUUUAAAUAGGAUAAAUCUCAUAAUAUAUAAAAACCAUUACAUAUGUGGUUUCUAAUUACUUCAAUUUAAAUUAAUGCCAAAUUCAAAGAAAAUAGAACAAUACAUUCAAUUGUUUCAAGCGCAAUAAACAAAUUUACAGAAAAAAUUUACUUUAUUUAAUUUUACUUUUCAGCCAUAUUGGAAUUAUUUUAUUAUGUAAUAUGAUGCCUCUCUCUACUUCAUCAAACCACUUUUUUUAUGUUUCACAUACUCCUUAAAUGCAUUGUUUUUUGUAAAAGGGGUCCUAAAUACUAUAAUUUCUCUCUACCUAAUAUAUACUUAGAUAAUUAAAUUAAAUAAAUAGCAUUUAUUUCAUACUUGUUUGGAAGUUUUGGAAUGGCAUUUGACCGUAGCAAUCGCUUAUCUCCUGGUUUGAAGUCUUCAUCUAAAAAAUGGUCACUACAAAUGCGCUGCCAAUCGAAACAUUUACCCACUUUGAGAUGUUCAACCCACUGAUUUCUUCUUACAAGAUUUCUAGGAAAUCUACAAAAUAAACGUAAAUAAUUAAUGUAAAAACAUUUAUAAUAAAAUGUGACCGUUUAAGGAUUAUACAGUUUACUACUCUAUCAAAUUUAAUUUUUAAUCAACAGUUGGUACUUUUAGCUGAAUAUGUUAAAAUUAUUUUGUGGAAAUAAACUAUAACCAUUCAAAGGUUAAAUCUAAAAGCUAUUAAGAGGUCUCUUCACAAAUAUCUGUCUUAUUUUUUUAUCUGUCUGGCGCGUAAUACUCUUAUAACAUCAGUAAUUUAAUAAUUACAAAAAUGUGACUCUCCAGUUGAAUUUAGAGUAAAUUGACUUAUGUUACAUUUUAUAAAUAAGAGUAUUUACCAUGGGUCCUAAAAAUUAUUAUUUUUAAUAUUUUCAUUUCUCGAAUAAGUCAUUAAUUAUUAAUGGUUAAAACUAAGAGAAAAUCAAUACAAAUCUUGAUAAAAAAUCAUUCACAAUAAUCAUAGUAAAUAUUGUUUUUUUUUUUUUUUUUUAAAUUCUAAACUUAACCAGAGUUGAUGGUUAAAAUGGAAAUUUGAUUUUUGAAUUUAAUUUUAAAUGCUCAAAAAAAUACGUUAUAUUUGGGUCAUUAUAUUCAUGACAUAAGUAUUUUUCUUAAUGUAUUUAGAGAAAAGUAUAAACGCAACAAAUUAUAAGAUGAUUUAAUCAAUAAUUUAUCAAUUCUAGAAAAUAGCAUCUAGAAUAUAAAAAUUUGCGAAAAGAAAACAAUUAAAUUUUUCAUAUUGAUUAGUUUUAAUAAUUAUUAAUUAUAGAUACAAAUAAUAAUUCUUUUAAAAGUAAUACAAAGAAAUGUUUCAAAAUUAUUUUGUUUUAUGCAUUUAAUUUGUAUUAUAAAAAAAUAAUCAUUAUAAUUUAUAUACAAAUUAAAAUGCCUCUAAAUUUUCUUACUAAAGAAUAGAUUUCUACCUAAUCAAAAUAAAUGUAUGGAAAUACAUUAAAUAUAAUUAUAAAAAAUAUAAAUAGUAUUACUACUAGAGAACUUUAAUUUUUGAGUAGUUUCUUACUUGAAUAACAUGUUAUAAAUAAUAAUUAAUACAAAUUACUGAUGAAUGACAACUGAUAAUAUAGAAACAUACUGAAAAACAGUAGAUUGUGUACACUGAAAUGGUUCAAAAAAUGUAUAAGUAAUGAAUGUCGUAAUAUUUACAAAUUAGUGAAAUAUGUAAAGUAAAAUUGACUUAAUUUUAAUAAGAACGACUAAAAUCAUGAACAUUUUUUUAUUAGACUUUAAAAAUAAGCAUUUACAUAUUAUAAAUCUGUUUUCAAUUUAUUACUUAGACAUAGGUAAUAUACUGGUUUUAGAGUAAAGAUAAUCUAGAGCGCAAUAUAUAUAUAGUAUAUUAUAGUAAACAAAUUGUGGUAUUAUAUCGGAGAAUAAAAAAGUUAAAAAAUAUUUAAUCACAGUUUUGUUUUUAUUUCAUCCCUAAAUUUCAAAUAAUCAUUUUAAUAUAUUUAUAAUUAUAUUACUAGAUUAAAAAUGUUCACUUGCAAGAUCAGGUUUGUUAUUUCAUUGCCGAAUAAAAAAUGUUUUAACAGUUAGUACCUAUACCAAUCUUGAAUGGUAUAAGUGCUACAACUUUUAAACUACUUAUUUCCAUAUUUGUAUGAAAUAUUCAUAAUACAAGCAUAAAGUAUAAUCAAUUUUAAAAAAAGAGCAAUCGUUUGAUUGAGUAGUAAAAUUUAUUUGCCUCAAAAAUAUUAGUUAAAAUUAGUACAAAAUACUUACGUAUGAUAUGUAACUGAACUAGAUUUUGUAGUAGAAUUAGAGCAUAGUAUACAUUUAUGCAUUUUAAGACUUAUAAAAUAACUGAAAACAAAACAAAUGAAUGAACAAUUGAAUGCAAGAUUUUACUUCAUUAUAUUAUUAGUUUUAGAAAAGGCUUUAGUUAAUAUUACUAGUCUUACCUUUAUGGAAAGGGAUGAGGAAAAUUAUGAACUUGAAAUCGAACCACGUACAGAAAUUAUUCGUGCUAAAGGUUCGUUAGAUAUACCAAUAAUUUAGUUAGAUCCAUGCAAUUAUGAUAAAUGAUACAAAUUUCACCAAUUAACAAUAAUUAGUCACUAUUACCAAAGAAAUAAUAAAUUCUACAGAAGUUGAGCUAUAGUGAUUAUUCCAAAUAUAAUUUUAACCAACAGGGGAAAAUAAUAACUAAAAAGAAAAAAAUAUAUAAAAACUACAAGGGUAAUGAAGAUCGUCUUACUUGGAAAUCAAGCUCAGAUCAGUUUGAUCAUGGUUUAUUGUUUACUUCGACGAAGUAGAGCAUUCAUGAAGUCAUGACACAGAAGAUAUACGUAAUACACCAACGAGACAUACGAACCUGCACGCCGUUUCGCCUCGGACCGGGCCAAGGUUCGAACAAUGAUAACAAAGAGUCUCUACCAGUGGUUUUCAACCUGUGCGUUGCGGCUCCCAGAAGCGUCGUGUUUUGGUAUCAAGGGAGUGGAGUCACGUCUAUAGUAAAAUAAUAUAUAGUAGAGUAAAUUUAUUUAUAUUUAUUUUUACAUUACCAUCGUUCGUGAGGAAGUCGUUAAUUUGGAUUUCAAAAUCAAAAAAGCUGUAGACCCAAAAAGUUUUAAAACCACUGGUCUCCACCAUAGAAAAAAGAUUAAUUCGGCGUGUUAAUAGUGUUAAACGUUGACACCAGCUGUUUUAUUCUGUGACUAGGGAAAGACAACACGGUCUCAACGAUACAGUGUCACCAUUUUAGAAAAUCAUUCAUAAAAUCGUAACAUUAGGUCAGUCCGUAUUUAUCAGCUGAAUAACUCGGACAACUUUUUUAUUUUUUUUUUCCAUUGAAAAGAUAAUGGAUUGAAAUUGAACGUCAUAGCCGCCUAAUCAUUAUAAUAUUUAUGACAUAUUGUUAUUAAGUUUAUUCAAUAACAUAGUACAUACUACAUACCGUCUAUGGGCGUGUAGAUUAAUCGAUUUUAAACGUAUUUAGCCGAAUAUAAGACUAUUACGAUAUCUAACAUAGCUGAAUUAAAUAAUUUGUGUUAAUUAUGCUUACUCAAAGAAAUAAUGAGUGAUAUCGCCCGUUACAGAACAAUAUGGUGAGUAUUGUUUUAAAUGUUUGUACUGAACGCUAUUUUCUGAAUAUAUAGUUAACUGCACAUUCAUUGUAUUUGAUAAAUAGCAAUUAUAUGAUUAUUAUAUAAUUUAAUUAUUUUUAUGUCUUACAACUAACCAUCAAUCGUCGUUUUAGUCAUUUACUUGUAUUUAGUAGUUAUUGUACUUACCAUUUUAUCGACAAUAAAGAAUUUUUGACAGGAUAAUAUAAAAUUGCAAUUAAGAAUAGUUGACUAAGGUAUGAUUUAUGUUAAUUUAAAUUUAAAUUUUAAAUUAAUUCAAAAUAUAUUAAAAUUAAUAUAUAAUUAUUCAGAAUAAUAUUAAAGUAUUGUUAAAUAAUCUUUUAAAAUCUCCAAACAAUUGUAUCUGAAUUACUAUUGGAUCUUGCUAUUAUAAAAUAAUAAUCAUAACGUUUCAUUAUUCUUAUAAUUAAUUUAUCAAAUUAUUGAUUUAUAGUUUUUAAAAAUUAUAAAAUGCAAUAUUUUAAUACACUUUGGUUACAUUAAUAGACAAUUGCUAAUGUUUUAAUAAUAACAGGUACCUAUUUUGAAUACUAGACCGCUUUAAUCUGAGUGUAUUAAUUUAUUAUGUUCAUAUAAUUUUAAAUAGGUAAUAAUUUUAUAUUUAUUAUUAUUGUUUAGAUGCAUUUUAUGUUAUUAUUCAGUCGUCAAGGUAAGCUUAGGCUUCAAAAAUGGUACGUUGCACAUCCAGAUAAAGUGAAAAAGAAAAUUACCAGGGAACUUAUUACAACAAUUCUAGCUAGGAAGCCUAAAAUGUGUAGUUUUCUGGAAUGGAAAGAACUAAAAAUUGUUUAUAAAAGGUAUACUAUUGAAAAAGUUUAAAUAAAAAUAUUUUAUUACAUAAUAUAUUUUAGGUAUGCCAGUUUAUACUUUUGUUGUGCUAUUGAGCAGAAUGACAAUGAACUACUCACUUUAGAAAUUAUUCAUCGCUAUGUUGAAUUAUUGGACAAAUAUUUUGGCAGUGUAAGUUUUUUUGUAACACUACCUAAUAUUUAUUUUCUUAAUAUUUUUAUUGGGAUUGUCUAUUGUAGGUCUGUGAGCUGGAUAUAAUAUUCAACUUUGAAAAGGCUUAUUUUAUAUUGGAUGAGUUAUUAUUGGGUGGGGAGAUACAAGAGACUAGUAAGAAAAAUGUACUCAAGGCUAUUUCAGCCCAGGAUCUCUUGCAAGAGGUUAGUUAUGGAAACACUCCUUUAGAACUUUAAUUUGUUUUUAUAGUUUAAAUUAUUUAAGUAAAUUAAAUUUUGUCAAAUGACAAAAUGCAAAAGUGCAUUUAUUCAAUGUUGAGCUACAAAUAGGUAUAUAAACAUAGUAAUGAUACAUAGGUACUUGCCAAUUAGAAAUCUAAUUUGCUCAUAUUAUACUUUAUUAGCUAGUUUUUUUAUUUCACCAUACUAUGUAUUUAAACUAUUAAUUUCAAAAUUAAUUACAAAAGAUAAAAUUUUAAUGCAUUUGAAUGCAUUUAUGUUAUAUGCAUAAAAAUAUAAGAAUAUAUUAUAAAUAUAUUCAAGAUUCAGUCUAGUCAACUAAAAUGAUAGUCAAAUAUUAUUAUGCUUUAAUGUUAUCUACUAUGUAACUCCAUUUUAUUUAUGAAAAUUACCAAAAUAUAUUAGUUGAAUUUAAUUUUUAUAUUAUUUAAGUUAGUAAAAUCCUUUUUUUUUUUGUAAAAACACAUUUGAGUACAAUAUCUCCCUCUACAUUAUGUAUGUUUUAUGUUUAUUAUUUAUACUAAAGACUUACCUUCCAUAAUGCCUUUAUUAUGCAGCUAAUAAUUAUUAAUAUUAUUUGAUUUAACAUUUGAGCACUCGCAUCAUUUGCCGUAAACGCCAGCAAUUGCGUGGUGGCAUUUUACAAUCCUCCAAAUCUAUUUGCUUUUUUUUCUGAAAUGCCAUUUAGUAAGCUGAUAAAUAAUUAGAGAAUAUUUGACAGUACUAUAUGGCUAAUAUACAAAAAAGUUUAGCAUGGUUUUCUUUAAAAAGACUAUGUAAAUGCUGGCUAUACAAACACCUAAAUGUUUAUAUAAUAUGUAGUAGAGUCCUAUGUUCUUAUACCAUAUUUAUAAUAUGACUAAUAAUUACCCAUAUAUAUUUUUAUUGUUAUAACCUAAUGCUGUUACAUUAUUUAUAUUUUUAGCUUAUUAUUUUAAAUAAAUUAUGAAUUUGAUGAUCUUUUACGAUUGUACUUUUUAUGUAUUCAAUUGUGAAAUUUCAUAAAAUUAGCAAUUUAACUCUUUAAAGUAUAAUAUUUCUAUUUGAAACUAUCAUAAACACUUAGUUAAUGCAAUUCUUUCUGCUUCUAUUACAUUUUUUUUUUUUUUUUUUGUCAUUAGUUUAUUUGUAGCUAAAUAACAAAAUAAUGCAUAUUAAAAAAAAGUUCUGAAAUUUGAUUAUAAUUUUAAAAUAAAUUUAAUAAUAAUAAUUUAUUUAUAGACACCACUUUAUGUACAUAAUAUAUGUUCUCUAAUUUGAAUACAGUAUUUAAAAUUAUUAGUCUUUGUUUUGGAUCAUUAAUAGGAUAUUCUUUUUUCAUAUCAAUUAUUUGGUAUUUUAUAUCUUAAUGCAUUUAUAUUAAAUAUAAUUAAUGCAUAUUGAGUUAUGCACUUUAUUCAAAUAAAUUUUAAAUUUCUUCUAUUGUUUUGUUUUUCUGUUAUUAAUGAUUAUUGAGUUAAUUUGCUAAGUAUUACUAAAAAAAAGUAAUAAUAGUUUAUUUAAAUAUUGCAUGUCUUGCCUUUCACUGUAACAUUUAUCUAGUCCAAUAUUUAAAUUUAAAAAAUUAAUAUUAUCUUAGUUUUUAAUAUGUUUUAAAUUAUCAUUGUUCAUUUCAAUGUGCAUCAUUAGUUAUUAAUCUAAUUACCUAACAGAAUAUUUAUUCUAUAGAUUCAUUAUAAUUUUUGUAACAGUAAUAUUAUGAAAAUCAAAAUAAGUUGGUAUUUAUAUGUGUUAUACUGUGCAUUAUCAUAUUUUAUAAGUUAAUAACUAUUAACCAAUAUUUAUUCGUGUUAUUAUUAUUAAUUUUUUUUUUUUUUUUUUCCAUAAAUUCAUUGUAAAUAUAUUUAACCAAUUUAUCAUUAUGUUUUAUUGAUCAUUAAAGACAUUAAUUCUUUAUUAUUUAAAUCAUUUGAUUUUUGCUAAUUACGUAUUAACACAUUUCAAUAUAAAAUGUAUAAUUAUAUAAUUUUAAAAUUAAAUUUCAGAAUUUUGUUUAAUUAGUUACUUUUUUUUACUAUUAUUACUAAUUCAAUUAAUAUAAAUAUAAAUUUUAAUUUAUUAAAAAAAAAAAAUGAUGUUAAAGAAAAAGUAAUGAAAAUGUUUUUGUUUCAUGUUUUUAUAUAAUAUAUAUUUAGCCUCUUAGGUAAUUUAAUCAAAAUAAAAUACUGUAUACAUCAGGGUUCAUGUAUUUAGUGUUAAGUAUAUUUUGUUAAACUUUAUUAGCUAACAUUGUUUGAAUUCCUUGGGUUAGUUUGUGUUUUUUUUUUGUUUUGAGUGAUCAAUUUUAAUAAAAAAAAAAAAAAACAAAUUAUAAUUGUUAAAUUCUUAUUAUUUUGUUUUUGUAGAUUUUUUUUUAAACACAUUUAAUUUCCAUCCAUACUACCUUACUUGAUUUCUGUCUUAAAUAAUAUAACCUGCAUGAUUUUCAGUUUUUAGAUGCUAUUUUUUUUUUAAUUUUGGGAUAUUAAUGAUAAUGUGUUUGUAUGUAGGAGGAGGCAGUCGAAGGCGCUCUGAAAGAGAUUGGCCUGUUAUGAGGGCAUCCAAUAUAAUUAAUGUUUCAUACAAUUUUAUAACUUGCAAUUAUAUUUGUGAUGUUUUUUUUUUUAUUUUAUAAAUUCAAACAAUGUACAUGUGUCUUUCAUAAAAUAUUAGUCGUGGAUUUGAUGUAAAAACCUAUUCCUGAAUGUGAUGUUUUUAGAAUACCUCAGUCAACUAACAGGUUUCUAUCAUCAACAUUCUAGCAUAAUAAUUUUAAAAAAUAUCAAAUUUAAAUAUAAAUAUAGAGUUUUGUAAACAUCCAUGUGUACUAUUAGUUUUUUUCUAAUUAAUAUUUUUAUUAUUACCUAUUACGUUAUCACAUUAAUUAAAAAAAAUAUAUUAAUUUGAUGUUAAAAUAAAAAAACAAUAAUUUAUGCUUAAGCUCUGUGCUUUUUACUGAUCCGCUCGGCUUCAACUGUUAUUUUUUUUUCAAAUACAAGUGUUUAACUUUAAUAAUCAUGUUAUACUAGUAGAAAGGCUUUGAGGGUUAAUUAUUAUUUUUUUAACAGUUUUGUUCUUAUUUAAAUACAUAGAAAUUUAUAUUUAUGUUAAUACAAUUAAUGUGGCGUUUCAAGAAAUGUCAGCAAACAUUUUGGUGCUACGGUAUGUUUAUAAGAGCACUCAGUGUUUAUAUUACAACUUUUGCCCUAUCCAUUACUUCUUCAAUUAUUUUUUAAUUGUUCAUUCAACCUUUUUCUUUAUAUUUUUUUAAAUUUUGCACCCUGAUUUUACUUUGACAUUAUUUGUUAUUAAUUGUAUAACAUAUUCCUUUAUUUUUCAGGAAGAAACACCUCAAACCUUUUUUGAAGACCAUGGCCUCGGUUAACAAACAUUGAUUGAACACGUACCAUAGACAUUCCAAACUAAUUAAACAAAAUAUAUAUAUAUAUAUAUAUAUAUACAUAUAUAUGUAUAUAUAUAUAUAAAUAUACAUAUAUAUAUAUACGAAAACGAAACAAGUAUUAGACACAAUUUAUUAUACCUACGCCUAAUUAUUAUCACUUUUUAUUUUAAAUGUAUAAAACUAGGUGACUGUAUUAUGUCCGUCCAAUUUUAUUGCAAUUUUUAUUUUUGUGUCUGGGCAAUGGAAAUAAAAAAUAAAUCUUCUUCAUUCUAUACUCCUAUAAUAUUCAUCUAGAUAUAAAAUUUUGAGAGACUAAAAUGAGUGCCAAGUGACUGUAAUCAUUGUAUUUAUGAACACAUAGAAACUGUAUAAAAAAUUGUGUUACAAAAUGUUCUUAAAAGGUGCCGCUUUAAUUAAAAUUGUCACGCCGCUUGAUGUUGAUUUUCAGAAAAUAUGAAAGUUUAAAAAAAAAAAGGAAUACAUAUCGUAAAAGUGAAUUAAUAUUAUACAGACAUAUAUAUAUAAUAUGAAUAUUAAAUAUUUUAAAUUUGUAUGUAUGCCUAAAAAGAAUGCAUAAUAAUAAUUAUAAAUAUGAAAAUUAAAUCGCGUAUCCAAGAUCAAAUAAAAUUCUACAAAUAACCUAUUUCAUAUUUUGUUUCAUGUACUUAUUAUAAUAAAAAUUUAAUACAUUAAUUAGGUUUACUGUUAACUUGCGAAAUGACAGUGUUCUUUUAGAUGAUUGACUUUAUCUAACCUAUUCAAUGACAAGUUAUUAGGUACCUGGUUUAUCUAUAAGUAAAUAAUGAAAUACCUGUAGCCCUAUUAUUUAGAAUAUAGUUGGUGAUGUGUAAGUGCUGAAUAAUUUUUUUCCCAGUUUGAAUCAACAGCAGUGGGAAGUCUGUAUGAAAAUGACUACCCCAUUUCAGCCUGAGUACUGUGUACUUCACUAGCCGUCAAGGAAAUGGCCUUAGGGUAAAAGUAAUCGUUUGGUGUACAGAUGGAUGUGCGUCAGUGUAAAAAUAGCAAGUGAAAAAUGACGUGUAAAGUUUUGUUGCCAGAUAUUAAAAUUAAAAUCUAGUUCACGCAUACAUCAUUUCAGUUGAUUAUUUGGUUGUAGUAUGUCUGAAUAGUAUAAUGACAAUAUUAUUGUACAAUAAAUGAUAAGACCACUAGGACUAUACAAAAAUAGUAUAAAAAACAACACAUUCUAUUUUGAGUUGUUUUUAAAUUAAACUAUGUUGAAUGAUGGUAUUUUGAGUAUUUAGUAUUUAGAAUUAAUAGAACAAUAUGGAAUUAAAGGUUGGCAUUUAUUAUGGUGUGGAUAUACAAAUAUCUGGUAUGUUGUAACUGAAUACUUACAACUGCGAAGUAAUAUCUAGGCAUUUACGUUGCAUAGGUGCAACGUUGACGUACUCAUCUAUUUUCAUGUAAAUUAAAACACGUGUGUUUGUGUAUCGUACGAAAAUCUAUGUAUUGGUCAAACAAGGGGGGGGAUCAAUGAAAGAGGGACGGUUGAAAAUUAUAAAACAAACUAUACCUAUUGGUUCAAAUAGCCAGUGGCGUGGUAGUGAACUCAACAUAUCUUCUAGGUAAAUAUUCAGUUCCCACUCCUUAAAUUUUAGAUUUAGAGUGAAGUGAAGAAGCUUAUGGUUUUACAAAGAUGUCAAUUUUUUUUUUCAUUUGUGUAUAAUUUUUCUACCAGAAGACUUGUUCGAAUUUCUAUAUGUAGCACCUUUUUUGAAAGGAAAUUGGCGUGGGUAGGUAUUUUAAUGAGGUCAUUUUUUGAUUUUUUCAGGAGUUUUCCCAGCGAAUGUGAAAAACCAGGAUAAAACAUGAGAAAAACGUAGGCAAGUUGGGGAAGUCUGUACAGUAUAAAAUAAAUUUUAUUAAAGAAAGUUUUCAAACUUUAAUUAUUUUACUAUAAAAUUACAUAUAUUGUAGACAAAGCAUCACUAUCAACUGAACUCUGUUCAGAAUCGUCUUUUUGUAAGCAAUGGUUUAUCGUUACAGAUAUACAUUAAGUUCCCGUCUAUAUCCUACCUUUUCAACUUCCCACCUACAUCAGUGGCUGCACCCGCAUCCAUUAUCUUACCUUUAUUUUUUAAAUGUCAUGCGUACAUAAGGUAAAACUCCGAAGUCUAUUCCCUUUAUGAAUCUAUCCGUGAUACUCCCCCCGAAAAAUAUGUAAAUUGUUUCAUCCUACCAUCUUGGCUAAAAAUGGUCUCUCAAAUUCUCAUCAUAAAUUAUUUAUAAUGAAACUAAAGUAAUUAUUGCUUUUGGUUCCCUCAAGCUUUUGGCUCUAUUUGUGUUUAUGUUAGGUUAGAUCUAUAUAGUUUUUCUUUUCAAAUAAUUUUUAGAAGCUCAUUUCAAUAAAAUUGUAGUUUUUUAUAACAUAAUUUAGUAUUGUAAUUUAUAUUGUAAUACUGUAUCGUUAUUGGAAAGAAUAAGGCUUUUUAAAACACAGUAAAGGUACUUUUGUGAAAUUUUCAUACAAAGAUAUUACGAUAUUAUACAUAGUGACUAUUAAUAUUUAUUGCGAC